UACCUCCCUUGCAGGAAGCAACUCAUGACAGUGCGUCAUUCCAAAACAAGACAACUGCUGAAACAGUCCUGAAUAAAUGCAAGGUUAGAAUGGCAACAACAGAUCAUCAAACGCAGCCCAGUCGCAGAAAUCAGGUGAUGGUUGGUGAGUUACCAGAGGAUUUCCUGCGCAUGCCCUCAAGUACUGUACAGCAACAGGUGAUAGCCGACAACCGAGUGGCUCAGGUGUUACAGGCCCAACAAGCAAGAGGCUUCUCAACCGUUCCAGCCAAUGUGACAGGGCGACUCAACAUCAGCAUCAUUCAGGCAAAACUAGCUAAGAAUUACGGUCUCACAAAAAUGGAUCCGUAUGUGAGGGUACGACUGGGGCACGCUGUUUUCGAGACGCCGACUGCUUAUAACGGAGCGAAGAACCCGCACUGGAACAAGGAAGUCUCUGCGUUAGUAUACUUCCCACAUGGAGUAGAAAGUAUAUAUGUUGAAAUAUUUGAUGAGAGACAAUUCACAGUGGAUGACAGAAUAGCAUGGGCUUACAUCACAAUUCCCCAGGGAGUCCUGAGCGGAGAUACAGGCGAUAACUGGUUCCCUCUCAGUGGGAAACAGGGGGAUGAGAAAGAGGGCAUGAUCAACUUCGUGAUGACAUUUACACCUAUGGAGAACCUUCCAGCCUCAGCACCUACAUCAUUUGCUUACCAACAGCCUGUUGUUGUGCCCAACAUGUAUUAUACGACACCAGUUGCGUACCCGGCCCCCGGACAGCCGGUACAACAGCCCCACCCCCAGGCAGCUGUAACCCAGCCGCAACCCAGACAGGGCCCUCUUUACACUGAGGAGGAUCUCAAGCAAGUCAAGGACAUGUUCCCCAAUAUGGAUGAGGAGGCCAUAAAGUCUGUUCUAGAGGCCAACCGAGGAAACAAAGACUCUACGAUAAAUGCAUUGCUUCAAAUGAGCGUGGAAUAAUUUGUGCAUUGACCGGAUGUUUUUGUUAUAAAUACUGUUAUACAUAUAUGUAUUAUGUUUUUGUAUUAAAUUUGUAAUCUCUUUCUUUGAAUAGUUAAUUGAUGCUGUUAACCUGCUUGGAAUAUUCAAACAAUUUUAGUUGGAAAUAAGGUUACUUGUAUAUGUAUCAGUGUGCAAUAUAUGUUAUCAAAAUGCAGAUUUAUAUUAAGCAAUUUGAUAAAUCAAAAUUUGAAGACAUGGACACUUGGAUAAAUUCAAAUUGAAUAUCAUGGAAUAAAACCCAGGGUUGAUUUCUCAUUCAAACUUAAGCUUGAAUUCAUUAUCAAGACUCCUUUUUUUAUGUUUUUCUAACAUUAAAUUUAAAAAUCAUUUAAUGCUCUAUGUUAAUAACAACACUACAAAAUUGCAGCAAAACAGCUUUUAAAAUUUCGUAUGAAGCCUGUUUCGAUAAAUCAUUCCAAAGAUAUGAUCAGUUUAGACAUAUUAUGGUAUGGAAAAUCUUUGACUUUUCAUCGUAGUAAUUUGAUGUACAUGUAAGUCCAUUUAAAAAAUAAUCUGAAAUAUUUAAGCAUUGAUGUCAUUUUUUUUUAGUUUCAUCGGGGUAUGAAACAAAUUUGUUUGCAAACUGUAUGAAUCCACGUAGCGUAACUAAAAAAUAAUUGACAUCAACGCUUAUAAUUAAUUUUUGAAAAUGAUUUUCUAAUUUAAAACAUGUUUUAUGUACAAUUUUACUGGUUUUAAAUGGGAUUCUUUUUCUCAAAUUAAUACGCAACGUUAAUUGUCGUAUUAUGACGUCACAUUUUUCGCGCCAUUCUCAGAAUUUCUUUCAUAGAAGAAUGAAAAGAAUUUUUCGACCAAUCACAUUUGAGUAUUUACCAUGAAAACAAAGAAAAAUUAAUUAUUGAAAUAUAUUUCUGAUUUAGAAAUGAGAUCCAUUAUUAAAUUGAACAUGGCCAUCUCACUACAAGUAUGAUAGCAUCAAGAGUUGUCUUUCUUGUUACUCUCUAAACUCAUAGUUUCUGCAAUAACUUAAGUAGACAGUUAUUAGCAUUCAGGCUCAAUCAACUGCAACAAUAUGAAAAUAUUGUAAACUUGUGAUAGGAAUGCAAUGUAAACUUUAUUAAUUUUACGAAAUUUGCAAAACAACUUAGAACAACAGGGCAUUAAUUACGGUUGUUGGACCGGAUGGAAGUGUAUGACAGCUCUAAUGUACUGUGGGAGGCCCGAGCCGGAAAGCCUGGAGAAAACCCACAUUGUCAGGCAGUUGACCCCAUACCUUUUCACAUCGGAUCGGGGAAUCAAACCCCGGCCGUCUUAGUGUGACAAGAAAAUAAUGUUUUCUUGUUCAGAUGAGAAUACCAAGAUCUGUGACACUGAUAAAAAAUUACUUAAAUUGAGAUAGAUCUUCCAUGAAUCUAGAAGUGGAUUUUUUUCCUGAUUCUAGAAAUAUUCUACAUACCUGAGUAUCAUGUGACCCAAGAUUUUCAUUUUAGUUUAUCAAAUUAAUAUGGUUUCAAUCGAGCUAUGAAUAAAUGAAAAAAAAUAAAUCUGCUUGGAUUUUAUUUCCAAUAAUGAAGCUUUAACUUGAUGCAGGAUCCUUAACAGUGACAUAUCUACGUAGAUGUAGUAAUUAUUUAUCUAUGAAGCAAUAGAAAUUGUACAUAUUGUAAGUAUGAAUUUAAAAUUGUUACUUGAAGUGAUGUAGUUGAGUAAUCUUAAGUGAUAAUUGUACAGCACUAAAAUAUAUCACUAUAAAAUCUUGUCAAUAUGUGUACAUUUGUAUAUACAUGUAGGUAAAUUAAGUAUUAACACUUAUACAGUGAUUUCACUAUUGCUUCCACUUAAUAUCACAUGAAAUCAUGAUAUUAUAUGGAAUAUGACAUUAAAAGGAAAAAUGUGAAAUAUAUACAGUGGUUAAAAAAGAUUAUGUAAGUUUUAAAAGACAAUGAUUUGGAAUACUAUAAAAACAUUAUUUUUGUCAUAGAAUCAAGUCAUGACAUUUCAACAGCUGAUAACUCUCUUAUUUGUAGACUUUAUCCGUACCUUAGUAAAUACAAAAUGUAUAUAUUAAUUAACGUAUAUACAUGUAGGUUUAUAUAGCACGAACAACAGCAUGUUAAGUUUAUAUGUAACAUUUGGAUUACUCAUAGCAUUAUGUUGUUUCGAUUGCCUUCAUUCAGACCAGUAAACCAUAUGACUUUAUCCUGUUCACACUACAAUGUAGUGUGCGAGAUGUUUUAAAAUCAACUCCGAGACACUAACAUAUAAGUCAUAGUGUAUAUAUUAACCAAAAGUUUGAUGAGUAGAAGAAAUGUGGUUUUUUUUACAAAAGUAAACGAAUGAACAAGUUUUUUUAUAAUUAUGAUUUCAAGGUGUAUAUUUUUUGUGAUUUCAUCCCAUCUUCAUCCUAAAAAGGCAAAAAUUAAAAAAAAAAAUUAAAAUAUCAGUUUUAACAGUAAGUCAUGAUUCAGUUUGGUACAUACAUAAUGUAAUCAGGUGACUUUCUUUAUUUGCCACUCAGACAGAAUGAUCUGUCUGUCGUCACUUAGAAGUUUUUCAGUUUAUCACUUCGUUUUAUGUGGGAAUUUGGUCUGUUAAUGUCAGUUUAUUUUCCUGAAAUUUUGAUGAUUUUUUUUUUUUUUUGUAACUGUAUAUGCAAUGUCAAUUGUUUCACACCUGCGAAUGAACCCACGAGAAAAUUAAAAUAAUGUAACCAUUGUUAUCAUAGAUAUGAAGGAUGAUGUAUUGUACAACUGGCAACAUGUGAGAUAACUUAUAUCAAGGUGAUAAUCAGUAUGUGUACUAUAUCGAAUAAACUAAGUAUCUAUAUAUACUAUAGUGACAACAAUAAGACAUUGUGUGUAUUAAAUUGACUCAAAUUAAAUCUUGUAUCUCGCUUUCUGCAUAUUUUUUAAAUUACGACAAGUCAUAAAUUCCUUUAUCGGAAUAUGUUGAUAUCAUUUAGAUUAAAAGCCGGUAAGUAGAUCAAAAACAUAAAUAAAUAUAACAAAUUUUUUUUUUUAAUAAAUGCAGUGUUACAUCCAUUCUUUCAUCAGAAAAAAUAAAUUCAUAUGCAAGAGUUACCUCCCUUCUGUGUCUAAACUUGGUACAUUCUUUAGUCCCGUUCGUUGUGCAUUUGAUGUGGAAUUAUUUUCAAUAGGCCAUAACACUGCUGAUUUUCUUCUUUUUUUUUUCUUUUUUUUUUUAAAUUUUUCGUUGAUGGUUGAUAAUUGGUAAGCUACAUGUAUUUCUGUAGUAGAUAACCAAAUCUUACUUGAUAUUGGAAUCUUUGUAUAACCUUCAGCAGAUAGUAGCAGUGAAAAAAUAUUAAAAAGAAAUCUGGGGGGAAAAAAAUCUCCAGUUUCUGAAUUUGGCCAUUUUUUGUUUGUUUUUUUGUUUUUUGUCCAAUUUCCAAAUUUCAUAGGAUGUUCAUCCCAUUUGGACCUAUUUUGUGCAACCACGCCUUGUGAACAUGUGUAUUCAUUUGUUUGUACAUGUAAAUAUUUCAAGGGUAUUUAUUUUCACAUUAUGUUUCAUGAUCAUGAAUAUAGCGAAAUUAAAUCUCCCACAAAUAUUACCAUCUCUACAGUAAUACUAAUUAAUAAGCAAUAGUAUAACAUAUUUAGAUAUGUGUGCAGUAUUAGAUGUGAACUUAUAUGUAUUGUGGUUCUCUGUGGUUUGAAUGUUGAAAGUUCAUUAAAACAGCAUAGAUAUGAACUUGGUUCAAUGUUAACGAACAUUGUGAGCUAUAAUUAAUUAAAUAUAUUUUGUUCCACAACACAUGUGCUAAUUUGUGAAUCCUAACAUUGGUCGAACAUCAUGUGCUAAUUUGUGAAUCCUAACAUUGGUUGAGCGUCGUGUGCUUAUUUGUGAAUCCUAACAUUGGUUGAACGUCAUGUGCUAAUUUGUGAAUCCUAACAUUGGUCGAACAUCAUGUGCUAAUUUGUGAAUCCUAACAUUGGUUGAACAUCAUGUGCUAAUUUGUGAAUCCUAACAUUGGUUGAGCGUCGUGUGCUAAUUUGUGAAUCCUAACAUUGGUUGAACGUCAUGUGCUAAUUUGUGAAUCCUAACAUCUGUUGAGCGUCAUGUGCUAAUUUGUGAAUCCUGACAUUGGUUGAACGUCAUGUGCUAAUCUGUGAAACCUGAUAUCGGUAGAACGUCAUGUGCUAAUCUGUGAAACCUGAUAUCGGUUGAACGUCAUGUGCUAAUCUGUGAAACCUAAUAUCGGUUGAACGUCAUGUGCUAAUUUGUGAAACCUAAUAUUGGUUGAACGUUAUGUGCUAAUUUGUGAAACCUAAUAUUGGUUGAACGUUAUGUGCUAAUUUGUGAAACCUAAUAUUGGUUGAACCUUCGAUAUACAUCAUAAAUUAUAUGGACAUGAAAGAAUAAAGUUGUUAUCCUUAAAACAAUCUUUUUAUUUUA